AUGGCUUGGAUGGCCAGGAGGAUCUUCGGACGAAAGCGUGGUGCUGUGCAGGACGUGGGCAAGCGAGGUGGAAGCGACGCAACCGCCUGCGGAUCUCGGUCGGUUCCUGGACUCGUUAGGAGAACCUCGCUGCUCUCGCCGUGGACAAAGCCGAACAUUGCGGCCGGCGACCAAGAUGCCGAGCCUGCUGCUCAAACACCAAUCAAGCCGAACGCAUACGGCAACUCCUGCUUCGUGGUCGAUCGCUGUCACGAGCCGCUACCUGCCGUGUCCAGUGUGUACCAAAGGUGA